AUCAACUACGUACAAAUCUAAUGUAUAUUGAGUACUGACAAAACAACUAAUAGCACGGGCUCCAGUCAGAUGAAUGUGAUGCUGUAGGUUAUAAACUAAUAGAAAAAAAUGGAUUCUAAAAUUCUUAUUACAUCUUAUUGGAUUAUAUGGCAAUGUUGUUCAUGGCAUUUAUACUCCAAAGAAUGCAACAGCACCACUCUUCCAUACCACCGAGCAAACCUAUCAGUGAAAACUAAUGGAUCACAUAUAUUUUUGUUUUGGGACUGUGAUGUACAUCGCAUAUAUGAAAUUCAUAUGAAAACUUCUGAAGGACAAUGGGAAUAUCUGACUGAGGAUCUUCAGAACGUUUCCCAGUUGGACCAAUCAAACGUGGAUCUUCAGAACGUUUCCCAGUUGGACCAAUCAAACGUGAUUUCAGUUCAGCAGGAAACAAAAUGCAGCAAAGAAAUACCCUUGAAACAACUAAAGAAAGCACCUCCACUUAUAUGUCUGAAAGUGAUUCCUUUCCUAGACAGCAAUGAAUGCGAACACCUUUCAUCAGAAAUUUGUGGUAAAUUUGGAAGAAAUGGGACAUUAGCAGAAAAUAUUUCUUGCAGUGUUUAUAACACAUCUAUGAUAUGCAAAUGGAUGUUUGGUACCUAUGUACAACAAAAUGCCAUGUACAAACUUUCUUUAAUACAAAAUAAUCUAAUCCAGCAAAAUAACCAACAAUAUGAAUAUGAUCAAAAAAAAAGAACAGGCAGCUGCAUAUUACAUGACUUGAAACUAAAUUUUUUUAUAGAUGUGACCAUCAUUUUUGAAGUACACGGUCUUGAGAGACAGGAAUAUUGGUUUAAACCUGCAGCUCAAGAAAUAUUCAAUCCACCAACAAACAUCAAACUUUUAUGUUCUUUAGAAGAUACUGAAAUUCAUUGGAAUGUACCACAUACACAGUAUAACGUUACUGAUGAAUGCUUUGAAUACAUGAUUGAAAUGAACAAGGAGCACUAUAAAACUACAAACAAUACAUAUACAAUACCAAUAAUGGAAAAUAAACGUUCAGUCAGAAUCAGAGCAAGAGGAAAACAAUUAUGUCAAAUGAAUACAAACUGGGGCCAGUGGAGUGAAGAAAAAGUAUGUGAUAUAAAGCAGGAUAAGAAAACUCUGGAUGCUACCAUAAUCUCUGUAAUUGUGGUUUCUGGCUUAAUAAUAGUUCUCUUCAUAAUAUCAACCGUUCACUACAAGAGGAUUUAUAAUGUUUGUUUUCCUCCUAUUCCUAAACCAAAGAAUUAUUUUGAUUGGACACAAGAUGGCAAAAUAAAUAUAGAGGAAAAUAUAUACGUUGCUGCAAUUCUACCAACAUUUGAAACAGAAGAAUACAUUACUCUACCGGAAAUUAUGUAAUGAACAAAGAGCAGCACAAAUCUAAUUGUAUGUUCAUAUCUCCCCAUGUAAUCUGGCUAUUGCUAUCUGCACCUAUGCAAAACAUCCAUAUUCCAAAUGUAUGUUCAUAUCUCCCCAUGUAAUCUGGCUAUUGCUAUCUGCACCUAUGCAAAACAUCCAUAUUCCAAAUGUAUGUUCAUAUCUCCCCAUGUAAUCUGGCUAUUGCUAUCUGCACCUAUGCAAAAC